AUGAGUUCUCAAAAUGUUUUUCCUCGAUAUUUUAAAGAAAGAAUCGCCACUAUCGUUAAGAUGUUGGUUGAUGAAGUACCUACCAUUAAAGUAACUUAUGAAAAAAAUGAGUCAAUCCCAGCACCAAGUAAAAUUAACGACUGCGAAAUAAUUUAUAAUUAUAAUUAUAAUGGUGCAGCUGGUGUUGAAAACUGCAUGAAAUAUUAUGACCCCGAGUUAUUAGUUAGCCAAAAUGUUUUUGAACGUGUUGAACAAAUUACUCCAGUUGAUCUAAAUCAAUGUACUGGACUGAUACAUAAUGGAAGCAUAUCCCUCAGAGAGAGAGAUAUGAUUUAUCUUAACUUUAGUCUUGAUUCCACAAAGCUUAACAUUUUAGUACCAUUUGAUUCUGAAUACUUAAAAUAUACCGAUCAACCUCCAUAUAUUGAUUCACUCAAUCUUGAAAAUUCAUAUUUCAUGAGCCAUUUCUCUAAUGCUACAAUGAGUUACUUUAGUAGAUAUAAAAGACAACUAAUGGAUUCGACGUUGUUAACACAAGUUGGGUUCUCGCCAAAUUACAAAUCUUAUCAUUAUAUUGAUGUUACAUAUCAAACUACUCCUAAUAAUACUUAUACUAUAAUGAAGUUUAAACCAAAAACGACUCUUUUACAAGUAGAAAUAGAGCAAAAGUAA